AUCUGAUGAAGCUUUCGUUUCGAACAUGAGAAUAACCCCGAGUUGGAACUAAACCCCAAGUCAGGUCUCUCAGGCAAAAAGGAAAUAAAAUGUGACGUUCUCUGCCAUUCUAAUGAAAAUAGGAAGGGAGGGGAGGAAACAAUUUAAUGUACACAACUUUUACUUUAAAAAUAACGGUAAAACAAAGAUUGUGGAGAUGCGUAGCCGAGAUCUUAAAACCUGGUAGUCAAAACACGGGGGUAAAUAUUCAGGGCGACGUCCCUGCAGCCAAAAAAAAAAGAAGAAAAACGUCACUUUCUAGAGUUGCCACGACUACACACAGCUUCAUGAUGUGGACGCUUGUUAGCUGCAUAUUGUAUGUUUUCGCUUUGUCGAAGCUCGAUUUGUGGGCCGUUUUGGCCACAGCAGAUGAGCUUCUCAAGGAGGUCAAGACCGAAGUUGUGUCUAAACCCGAGCAGUGCACCCAGAAAAGCAAGAAAGGAGAUCUGAUCAACGCUCAUUACGACGGGUACCUGUUGGAUGGCUCCCAGUUUUACUGCAGUCGGACUGACAAAGCUGGCCAUCCCCAGUGGUUUGUGCUUGGUGUGGGUCAAGUCAUCAAGGGCCUGGACAUAGGAAUGAUGGACAUGUGUGCCGGAGAGAAGAGAAAAAUAACUGUCCCAUCAGACCUGGCUUUUGGUAAAAAUGGGAAAGGUCCGGUGCCUCCAAACGCCACCGUGGUCUUUGAAGUUGAAGUUCUGUCUGUGUCCAGGGGGCCUCGCAGCAUGGAGGCCUUCACCCUAAUUGACCUUGAUCAGGACAGAAGUCUCACCAAAGCUGAGGUCAAAGAAUAUUUGAAGCUGGAGUAUGAAAAAGGUGGGAAGCCGCGGGACGACCCCUUCUAUGAGAAGAUCAUUGCUGAUAUAUUUCGCAAGAGUGACAGAGACAGAGAUGGGCUGAUCAGCUCCAAGGAGUAUAAUAUAUAUGAACAUGAUGAACUUUAGUGUCAUUUCACAGAGUUCCUUCCAUGUGUUUUUACAAACCACUUUGAGUCUAUCUCAGUCAUCACUUAGGGAAAAUUGGUUUUCUGUGUUUUCCAAACUAAUGUUUGAACAUCUCCUUUACUAUAAAAGUCUGUGGAAGUCCACAAUCUCUCUACAAGAGGAAAACUGUAAUUAAAAAAAUAAAUAAAAGGUUUAGUAGAUUUAAAAAUAAAGUGUGCAUUUUUCUGUAAGAAA